UACCAAGAACCAGAGCUUUUAAAGAUUUUCUCUGUUCACGGAGAAGUAGUUGAAGUAAAUCUACCGCGUAAAUAUCCAAAUGGUCCAUUACGCGGAUUUGCUUAUAUACAAUAUAAAAAAGUUGAAGAAGCUGAAAGGGCAAUCAAUGCAAUUAAUGAAACCAAACAUCAUGGCCGGACUAUUGCUGUUGAUUGGUCAUUACCUAAGGAUAAGUAUUUGAAAGCUUUGAAAUCUCAACAAAGCAAGUAUGUUUGUGAACAAAAUAAUGGUUAUUGUAUCGAUUCUUGUGCUGAAAGUUCUGAGGAGGAAUCGAAUGAAAAUGAAACAGAUGAAAGUGAAAAUCAACAAGUAAAGAGUUAUAAUUCUUACGAAAACAGGGUGAUAGAUAUGGAUAUUGAUCAUGAUGAUGAUGAAGUUGACAGCACUGAAGAUAGCAGUAAAGAUAUUGAUCAUGAUGAUGAGAGUGAAGUUGACAGCGUUGAAAACAACAAUAAAAAUAACAAUUCAGUCAAAAACAAACUUCAUACGCUAUCAGAAAAUGCAGUCUUAUUUGUCCGCAAUCUUUCCUUUGAAGCCACUGAAGAAGAGUUGAGACUGUCGACUAAUGAAAAGAAACGGAAAGGAAUAAUUCAUAAAUCAGUUCUCACAGCUGAUCCAUCAGGCUCACAAGCGCUCAAAUUUACAUUACAUGGUAGAGUUUUAUCAGUGGUCAAAGCUGUUGAUAAGGAUGAAGCACAUAGAUUAAUGGAAAGGAAUAAAAAUAAAAGGCGAAAAGAAGAUCGAAGAAACACAUACUUGAUUAAAGAAGGAGCUGUAUUUCCAAAUACACCAGAUGCAGCAUUGCUACCACCUUCAGAAGUAACUAAGCGUGCUGCAUCAUUUUCUGCUCGAAAGAAUUUAUUGGCAAAAAAUCCAAAUCUCUUUAUAUCAAAAACUAGAUUGUCUAUGCGAAAUUUACCACUUUCCGUAGAUGAAAAAAAAAUAAAAAAUUUAGGCAAGGAAAGCAUUAAAAGGUUUAAAGAGGAAGUUAAAAAAGGUAAAAGAGCGGACCUAACAAAAACGGAGAAAAUGGAAGGAUGGGACAAACUAGUUCAUAUCAAACAGGGUUAUGGAUUUCUUGAAUUCACACAACAUUCUCAUGCAUUAGCAGCAUUGAGAUAUCUUAACAACAAUCCAGACAUAUUUGGUGAAAAAAAGAGAUUGAUUGUGGAAUUUUCUACUGAGAAUGCUAUUAUCGUCAAAAAACGGGCUAGAUUAUCAAAAGAUAGAGACAGCAAAAUCAGGGGACAUAACAAAGCUGACGAUAAUAAUAGUAAUAGUGUUGAAGUUACAGAAUCAAAUAAUUGUUCUCAUUUAGAACAAAGAAAUUUGAAAAGAAAGGUUAGAAUUAUUUUGUUAUAUAAUGAAGCGAUAAUUAUAUGA